CAUUUGCUGCUAUGGGUCGCCUGAAUGUGAAGAAUGAGGAGUUAGAUGCCAUGAUCAAGGAGGCCAGUGGCCCCAUUAACUUCACUGUCUUCCUCACCAUGUUUGGAGAGAAGCUGAAGGGUGCUGAUCCCGAGGACGUCAUUAUUGGUGCCUUCAAAGUUUUGGACCCCGAGGGCAAGGGGAAUGUCAAGAAGAAAUU